AUGGAGUUAGAUGCUCAAACAAACUGUGCUUUACAACUAUUUGGCUUGAAAAUGGAUCCUCCCUCGUUGUUUUUCCGACAAAACCCGCGGUCCUCUCUCUCCUUCCUCACUCUUCUCCGACGCCGGCCGAUUUGGUCGCGCCCGCCCCUGCCCACAGCCCCGCCGCCCGCCCCCGCCCACGGCUCCCCCUCCCACUCCCACCGCCCCACGCCACUCCCCCUCCCCGGCACCCCACGCCUCCGCCUCGUUUCCCUCCCCUCCGCCCGCCGCAUCGUUCCCCUCUGCUACCACCCUUCAAGGUUCAAUUUUUGGAGACCACUAUCCGCAUCUGUCCAUCGGCGACCACGAAGCUCGCCCCCUCCAUGGACGCCAUCGACCCGAGCACUAGAAAGCACGGGUGCCCCUUCUCCACUCCACGGACGGCUACGUGCUCAAGGUGGAGGAGCUCACCGUGUUCAAAAAGGUGGAGGAGCUCACCGUCGAACUCGCCGGAGUGGCGCUCGCCGUCGGCCCCGCGCAUCCAGGCCCGGCGCCGCCGCCGCCAAAGACCACCUCUUCAAGGGGUCGCAGGACCACCCGGGCCUGGUACCAUCGCCAUGGAGGAUAUCCUGCAGUUCGCGGCGUCCAUUGGUGGUGCAGGACACCCACGUCUUUGAUCUGUUGGAGCCCAAGGAGCAGGAGGUCCUGGUGCUGGAGGAUGCACAUGGCAAGACCAAUCUCAAGGGCCUCUCCAAGAACGACCAUCAGGAGAGCCAAGGGCCAAGCCUGGACUGGAACCUCCAAGAAAGAACUAGCAUUCACACUGAUCAACUAGCAAGAUGCAUAGUCAGAUUGCAUUACAAUCCUCCGAUGAAGUGAAGCGAGAUGUUCGAUGGACAAAGACAACACACCCCAAAGUUGUUACGUCCUCUGCCUUUUAUGAUGCAACAGCACAUCUACCGAUCGUGCGCACACGCAAUAGUGCUUUCAACAGGAGAUGGCAGCAUUAUCAUGCUUAGAGAUUAAGGAUGCGCCACUGCUGCUACAAAAACGAAGGUGAGCACUGCACAUGUAUACAGUAUUACGGUAUAAGCUGGUUUGACCACGUCAAUCUCUUUUAAUCUGCAAAAAGCCUUUUCUUUUAAGAAUACGAUAUAUUCUUGGAGGAUUAGAGACUGAUAUUGUGGGCGCAGCUUUGUAUGCUUCGUUUGUGACGCCUGAGAAAACAAAAACUUGCCUUUUCUUCUUCUUUCCCUUUUUCUAACUCUUGCCCACAGGUCACUGCUUGUCUGCUUGCCAGCUUCUUGGAGGCAGACAAGAGAAACAAGCCUAAAACAAAAAUGUACCACAUUUACUAUGAAACUUAUGGAUUCAUAUUUCGUUAUUACUUCAGCUACCAUAUAUCGAUUACUAUAUAUACCUGCCACCUGCUAGGCUAGUAGCUACUCCCUCCGUCCCAUAAUAUAAGAACGUUUUUUACACUAGUGUGUAGUAUUAAAAACGUUCUUAUAUUUUGCGACAGACCGACAGAGGGAGUAUUAGCUGUCAACUUUGUGAAUUAUGAGGGCUAGGUGUUUCCCAGUUUUUUAUAUCAGAUUUUUCUUCCUUUCUGAAAGUUUUCACACAUACAUUAGACAUACGGAUCUACACACUGUGGUACCCCCCAAAUGAAAAUGAUUUGAAACAUAGGGUAGUAUGGAAGACAAUAGCUAAUGGAGAGCAUCCACGGAUUGUUUGGCCAAUUGUGUAGGAGCAUACAAAAGCUAAACAUGCAUGGCUCCGAAUGAAGAACUACAGUAUUAGUAUUCGAUCGGAUAUCAUGCACGAUUGCACAUACAUGAUUGCUUGGGGACAGCAAAAUUAGAGGACCACAGCUUUGUAGUAGACCUCAAACAAAGGCCUAAAGCCCCCUUUAGGAAAACUUUCACUGAAUCCUUUAUGAAAAUUUUCUACGGCGCCGCCUGCCACUUGUAACAACAGAGUAGCAUAUCUGGAUUCCUAUAGAAUGGGCGGGCCACAAACAUGACUGACGUCUUCCAUGUUUUUCUCUCUCUUUAUGUCUAGAGAUGUUCUAUGUUUUUCUUGUGUAGUUUUCAAGCUCUAUAAACAGUUGUGAAGGUUUCCUCUGUUUUUGGUUCUUGUAGAAACUCAAGCUACAUUGCAUAACAAUUUCCACGCUCUUGGACCGCAGUAAACAUCAAGCUACAUUGCAUAACAAUUUCCUCUGUUUUCGGACCCUACUUCCCCACCCUAUGUGGGGUCCGCCAGGGUGACCCUUUCUCUCCGUUCCUUUUCAAUAUGGUGGUCGGGGCCCUGGCUACUAUCCUUUAUAAGGCCAAGGCUGCUGGUCAUAUCUGAGGGGUGGUACCUCAUCUGAUGGGAGGGGGAAGGGUCUCCCUCCUAUAGUACGCGGAUGACACCAUCAUCAUGAUCGAGGGUUCGGACUCCGACAUUGCCAACCUUAAAUUCCUUCUCCUCUGCUUUCAGCAGAUGGCAGGCCUCACGAUCAACUUCGACAAGAGCAAGGUGAUGAUCCUUGGCUACUCCCAGGAGGAAUGCCAAGGUAUGGCCGACCGACUGAACUGUAGACUGGGCUCCUUCCCCACCAAUUAUUUGGGGAUCCCCAUCAGCGACUCCAGGCUCACCGUGGUGGACCUCCGCCCCGCCGUAACCCGCUUGCAGCACUGAGUUGAACCUUGGAGGGGCAGGUGGCUAUCUAAGGCCGCCCAGGUGAUUCUCAUCAACUCCUCCCUCUCCAGCCUCCUCUGGUUCCUGAUGAGCUUCUAUAGCCUGCAUGAGACGCUGCAUCAGGAGAUAGCCAAAUAUACCAGUCCAGAUUCUUCUGGGCCGGCGAGGAGGAUAAGCAAGAAAUAGACCUAGCAGCUAAAAGAGGGUAUCCUGAGCGAAAUAUAUGGUCAGUUGGCCGGACAUCUGCAAACCUAAGGACCAAGGAGGCCUUGGGAUCCUGUCCUCUAGGCGCAUGAAUAUCGCCCUCCUGACCCGCUGGCUUUGGCGGAUUGCCAACGGGGAGGGCGGCCUUUGGCUGGACAUCAUCCGAUCCAAAUACCUGCGUGGCCAGCCCCUUGCCUUCUGCCAGCACUCAGGCAGAUCCCACUUCCGGCAGGUUGUGGUUCAGCUCAUGCCAUUCCUCCGCAUCGGCACUUCCAUCUUGGUGGGAUCUGGUGCCUCGACCCUGUUUUGGUUCGACCGGUGGGUGGGGGACCUCCCCCUUGCCGCCCGUUUCCCCCAAGCUAUUCUCCAUUGCGGCUGACCCUCGGGUCUCUGCGGAGGUGGCCCUUAUUGACUUAGGGCGCCUCGCGUUCCGUAGACCCUUUGGCCUCCUCGAGGUGGUUGCAUGGGAUGCUCUCCUUCAAACCAUCGCUCUUCAGCCUCUCGACGUCGACAACGCGGAUGACUCCGUCUCGUGGCGCCUCGAGACUUCGGGGCGCUUCUCAACCAAGUCCCUCUAUCAAGCGAUUGCUCCUUCCACGGUCCCUUAGCCGUUUAGUUUGAUAUGGUAGUGGAUUCGAGGACGCUUGCCCUCUGGGGUUGAGGUGCGCAAGCGCAACGGGCCUGGUGAAGGCAUGUGCCCCCUCUGUAACGUGGCGGAAGAUGCUAACCACAUCUUCUUCUCGUGCGUGACCGUCCCGUUCUUGUGGUCCUACUUCCGCGACGUUGUUGGUGGAACUUGGUGCAACACCAACUUCCCUGACUUGUUGGCGGAAAUCCAAGCCUCUGCACCCGUCACCGCCACACUAGGUGGUUGUGUGUCGGGGUUCUCGCUUGGACGCUCUGGACCGUGUGCAACAGACUUGUCAUCCAGCGUACCCCUCUUCGACGUGCGACUGACGCCAUCUUAAUGUGUGGUU